CAAUUUUUGUUUCUAUUAUUUAUUUUAAGUAUUUGUUAUUUUUUUUGAGUUUUAGAUAAGGAAUUUUAGAAAGUUAGUAAACAAAGGUUCCUUAUAAACAGUCACAAAAACUCUUUGAUUAUAUCUGCGAAAACAUCUAGAAAAUGUAAACAAGUUGAGAAAAAAAACUUUAUUAAUUUUAAAGAUAAGCACCACGCAAAAAAACGGAUUUUUUUUUAUCUAGGAUCCAAUAAAUAUUACUUUUUAUACAAAAAAAUAAGCUAUUUCUUGUUAAUACGUCUUCGACUUUCAAAUUUUCUAACCUUGAGGCAGGUUACCAUUUCUGUACACAAUCCACAUAAAUAAUUUAAUAUAUAUUUUUUGGGGCUAAAUUAGAGAGAUUAGAAGCUUUAAUAAUCAUGUCCAGAAGACCUAGAACCAGACAAAGCACAAGAAGGGUAUUCAUGGAAGGAGCAGACUCUAUUGGAGGAAACGCAGCGUUUCAGUUUGGCUUUAACAUGUUCCCGGACAUUCCCAGGCCCUUUAACGUUACGUACCACUGUUAUUCCGUGGCUAUGCUUCCAGGAAACGAACGACAAGAUGUAGAAAGAGGAGGAAAAAUUAUUAUGCCUCCCAGUGCUCUCGAACAACUAACAAGAUUAAAUAUUAACUAUCCGAUGCUGUUUAAGUUAACAAAUAAAACAACCAGCAGAGUUACGCAUUGUGGUGUAUUAGAGUUUGUAGCGGACGAAGGAAAAGUUUAUCUGCCAUUAUGGAUGAUGCACAAUAUGACACUGGAAGAAGGCGAUUUAGUACAAAUGGAAAGUGUCUCCUUACCCGUCGGGACAUUCUCGAAAUUCCAGCCUUUAUCUCCCGAGUUUUUAGACAUAACCAACCCCAAAGCAGUCUUGGAAAAUUGCCUAAGAUCAUUUGCUUGUUUAACCACUGGAGAUGUCAUUGCAGUUCAAUAUAAUCAAAAAGUAUAUGAGCUGUGUGUUUUAGAAACCAAACCGGGCGAUGCUAUCAGUAUUAUCGAGUGCGAUAUGAAUGUAGAAUUCGCAGCUCCCGUUGGUUAUAAAGAGCCUGAAAUUGAAAGGAAAAUUGAAGAUGAAGAGAUGGCAGUCGAUCCUUCAGAUUUAAUGCCUGAACCAUCGGGUUUUGUUGCUUUUAAAGGCGCAGGUAAUCGUCUGGACGGAAAAAAACGCAAGGAUUCUAUAACAACAGAUGCUGUGCCCAAAUCUACAUAUGUUCGAGGUAUACCGGACUACGAUUAUCAAAUUGGGACACUAAAGUUCAUUAGAAGAUCGGUUAAACAAAAAGGCAACGAUACCGAGGAUAAUAACGAAUUUAAAGCAUUUAGUGGAGCUGGCUUUAGCUUAAGAGGAAGGAAUUAAAAUUAUUCUUGAGUUACUUAUUGUACAUAUUUUUUUAAUAUUAAAGUACCUAUUGUAUCACUUUGAAAUUAAAAAACAAUGAAAAAAAUGUUUUUUUUAUAGAAAGAUAUUAAAAUAAUGAAU